AAACACUUUUGAUCUUUUCCCCAUUUUUAAGUCUCUGUUAAGCUUUUCUGAUGCCUUAUCUGACUUCCCCUUUCUUUCUUUGUCUGCAACCACCGUACGAUCCUCUUGUGGUUGCGGCCGGCGAUUCUGAGCAGUGUGGGAGGGGGCGUUUGAUUGAGGCUGUUUCUGAUACCUGGAGAAGAACAGAAUGGGGGAUCUUAUAAAUCAGACCAAGGUUUGGAUGUUUGUGGGAUUCGUGUCAGCCAUAAAUGGCCUGGUUUGCUUUCUUCUCAGUUCCACCUACAAAAUGUUAUUUGGAAAGUGGGUAUUGGCGCUCUCCUUUUUUAUAUAUUGAUCAGUUCAAUUAUGUUUUACCUCAUCUGGCGGGGCAAGAGAAUUCCAAUUCGAGAGAGAUACCAAGAUCAAGUGAAAGCUCUAAUUUUUUUUGGGAUAUGUUUGAUCUCCGUGCUGCUUGACAAACUCAUGCCUGGCAAAUCAGAUGCAUGGAGCAUUAUCUCCUAUGCUUCAUUUGCCUUGAUGUCGCUGUCCUCGUCAAGGAAGUCUGAGCUUGGAUUCGAAACUGGGUUCUUCAGUUUUUUCCUAUCAUUGUUUUUCGAACAACUAUGCAAAACCAACUUGAAACUCUCACCGAUUGCAAUAGUUUUCUGCUUGCUGGUCCUGAUUCUUCGCCACUACUCAGCAUCCGGAAUCUCAGCAUCCAGAAUACAGUCUGGCACUCCAAAUGGCUAUCAUCACGUUGAAGUUUUUCCUCCAAGUCAAGUUGUAACAGACAGUAGUGAGAGCCAAUACUCCCCAGGGAUGGGAGAAGUUUCAGGGCAAAGCCUGUUAUCUGCCCAUAAUCAGCAAAAUAACCAAGACGAGCAUUCUGUAUGCUUCAUAUGCUUGGCCAAAUACGCAGAGAAAGAACUAGUGAGAAUUUUGCCCUGCUCCCAUAUGUUUCACCUGGAAUGUGUGGACAAAUGGCUCAGAAUUGCAUCCUCCUGUCCUCUCUGCAAAUGGGAGAUAGGGAGGUAGAAAUAUGUCACACUCAACUCAACAAUGUCACCAUCCUCACUUGUUCUUGCCGCUUCCAAAGGUUACCUUUUUGUUUGUGUCUUUGUUCUCUUGGUUCACUUUAGUCCAAUGUACUUUAUUGGUGUUGCUUGUGUGAGUUUGAGCAUAUGUAUAAAAACAUCUCACCAGUAACCUCAGUAAGCCGUGCUUCCAGUUAAGAUUUUAUCCCCCUGUUUUAGCACUUACGUACGCAAUAAUGAAGCAAAAAUAUUUGCACUUUUUUUUGUGAAGAGGAAAUAGGGAGGGCAUGAGGAAAAAAAAACAAGAGUGAAGCAAAACCAAUAAGAGAGGGA